GUCACCUCUCCUCUCUGGCCUGGGAACAGCUCCUAGAGGUGCCACCUCACACCUCAUGGAGGAUAUAUACAAGAACUCCACACUGCUAAAGCAUCAGUCAGACUUGUAGCCUCUCCUCAAGACCUUUCCUAACUCUGAGCAACCAUGGAUGUCUCCAGCUCUCUUUUCCAGCUUCAGGAUAACACAGAGUUUCUGUUCGACUGUGAGGGCCUCUUGGAGCAAAGCUUCUCUGCUUCUGACGCCGGCUACUACAGCGCCUGCAGCAGCCUCUCACCGGCUUCCUCCACUGAUUCCAACUGUUUCUCUCCACCAACUUUCCACUAUGGAACAGGACAGGAGAGCUUUCCAGAGACCUUCCAUCCAAAAAACAGCAGUGAUCAAGAAGAGAAGAAAAAUGGCAAGGUGGCCAAGAGGACCGGACGACCACGGUCAAAGUUCCCUGGGCUGAAGCGCCAGAGUGCGAGCGAACGGGAGAAGCUCAGGAUGAGGGACCUGACCAAAGCAUUGCACCAUCUCAGGACCUACCUGCCUCCAUCAGUGGCUCCCUCUGGACAGACGCUGACCAAGAUAGAGACUCUGCGCCUCACCAUCCGCUACAUUUCCUACCUGUCGGCUCAGCUGGAGCUCGGGCAAGAAGAGGCUGCUCAGGGAAGUCCUUCAGCGCCAAUGCAGGCUCCAAACACGCCAGCUUUCUAUGAACAGAGCUUUAACCAGGUGGCUCCACAAACAUCAAGCUUCUCCACACAAGGGGUCUUCAAUAUGCCUUACUGUCAGAAUGCAGAGAAUAGCAGCCUGCCUCCAUCUCCAGCUCAGGAUUAUUGGAUUCCCCAGCAGCAAUAUUGCUAUUAUGGACAGUGCUAACUGACAUGGAGGACAUUUCCACUGAAGGGCUAUUCAUUUGUGCAAAGUUGUUAAUACUGUAAAGCUUGUAAAUAGUGAAUAUUUUAUAUCCUUAUUUAUAUUUUUGUAAUUUUUACAACUCAUUAUUUAUUGAUUGCAAAAUAUUUGGAAAAAGUAAAAAAAAAAAAAAAAAAGGUUAAAAAACAAUUUUCCUCUGUGCAUUUUUUUGUGCUUUUAGCUCUGCUAUCUGAUAUCCUUUAUGGGUUUUUAAAUCUAAAUCUUUAACCCAAGCCCAAUACAGCCUAAUGAUAGACAGGUGGGUGAUGGUAAUAUCACAUUGUAAUUAGCACCUCGAAGGAAGGUCCCCUGGUGAGAUAAAAAUAAGAGAGGUAGGACAGUAAACUCAUUCUCACCAUGUAGCUCUUUUAUGCUGCUGGUCAGUAAACAAAGUUGAGCAUUGAACCCAGUGGGACGCCGCUCUGAAAUGUAAGACUUAAUAUCUUGACUUCCUACUGAGCUGAAUGCGGAUUGCAGCGAAUGUGAGCGCUGAGAUUCACCCAGAGAGCUUUUUAGUUCUUGGGAAAUCAAAAUGAUUUACUUAAACUUGAAUGAGAAUUUAUGCAAUUUUUAUUGCUCAAGUCUGCCUGCAGCAAUGCAGCUGCUGUUCUGGUGUCACUCGAGAGGUGUGGGACUAUGGGACUGAGGAUGGGUCUUUAAAAAAACAGCACACCUCCAAGGCGAUAAUCCUGCAGCUGUUCCCAGACACAACACUUCCUCUGUCCAUCUGUGCUGUGUGUCUCGUCUACCUCCUGUCCCAGUGCUGUAAUGUCAGGGCAGAAUUAAUCAUUGUCUAAAAUGAGAUGUUUUUAAAUUAUGUAUUCUGACAAAAAUGCUACAUUAAUAGAAUAAACAGAUAACAAUUUAACGCAAAAAACAAUAUAAAGUGACUUAGCCAGGUUUUUGACU